ACUUUGGCUGCACGGAUUCCUCAACCAAAUCCGCCGAUGCCUCGGUCUCGUCGAGCAAUCCGGGCGCGAAUGGAGGAGCUACGGCGUCGCUCCGGGUUCCAAUCGACCAUGCCGUCCGUGGUAGUCUGCAGCGGCAUGCGUUUCUCGCGGUGGACACUGCCCUGUCCGGCGGCGGCAGCGGCCGCGGCAUCGUCGGCAGGGGAUUUGUUACUUUGUUACGCAUGGAGGACGCCGUGAAACUCAAUCAGUCGGCCACUAUUCUACGACAAGCGCCGCGUCGGUACCGCGAGGUUUCCUCUGCCGCACUCUCCAAUCUGAAUGCCUAGUAAUGCUUCUCUUUUUUCUUGCGGCUGCAGCGAUGUUGGAGACUCUGUAGUCAGUCCUCUCAUGCUUGGUCUAAGUGAUUAAGUCAAUGCUGUCUCUAUCCACUAUUAUUACUCUUCCAUUAUUGAUAGUAUCUGCGAUUUCGAUUCCACGUUCACUCCCUGCAGACGAAAGAUGAAGAAGACGGCCUUACGGGUCAAGUCUUGCAUUACCCUUUUCAUUCUCCCUGUUUCUUGAUUUCAUUCUGCAAAUCUUUUGUAGCAACAGUUUUUCUUUGCGUGUGACCAAGUCCAUAAUGAUGACUUCAUCCAUUAUAUUAGUCUCAGAACUCUGGAUCAUCAGUUUUCCGUUGUCUCCCUGAACUACGAGUCAGUUCUCUGCAGACCAAUUCUUCCAAACAACCAUGCCACCCACUUUGCUAUAUCCUAGCAGGAAAACGAAGAAAACGGCCUUAAUUCCUGUUUUCAUUUCCAUCUUCCUGUUUCUGAGUUCAUUCUGCAAACCUGAUGACCAGCUCACACAUGCAAAGCCACUCACCCGAGGCGACAUACUCAUCUCCAAAGGUGGGGACUUUGCUCUCGGCUUCUUUUCCCCCAGCAGCUCCAACAACAGCUUUUACCUUGGGAUAUGGUACCACAACCUCACCGGACCACGCACCGUCGUGUGGACCGCCAACCGAGACAACCCAAUCACCACACCCUCAUCUCCGAUUCUCACCAUUACAAAUAGUUUUGACCUGGUGUUGUCAGACUCUGAAGGCCGCAAUAUUUGGAUGACAACAAGGAAUAUCACUGCUGGUUCGGUUGGAGGUGGAGAUGGAGCUGGAGCUUACGCAGUGCUACUCAACUCAGGGAACUUUGUUCUCCGGUCGCCGAAUGGCGUGGACAUAUGGCAGAGCUUUGAUCACCCAACUGACACACUACUUCCAACCAUGAGAUUUUUGGUGAGCUACAAGGCAAAAGUCGUUGGGCGCCUUGUUGCUUGGAAGGGCCAGGAUGACCCGUCCUCUGGAGACUUCUCAUGCAGCGGCGACCCUAGCUCACCGACCCUUCAGAGUUUGAUUUUGCAUGGCACCGUGCCAUAUUACCGCAGCAACGUCUUGAACGGGGUGUCGGUGUCCGGUGGCACAUAUCUAAGCAAUGUCAGCUCCAUUGUGUAUGAAAUGGCCAUCAACGUCGGGGAUGAAUUCUACUACAUGUUCACUGUCUCUGAUGGCUUACCGGCUACGCGUUUGAUGCUUGACUACACGGGCACACUGAGGUCUCUAAGCUGGAACUACCAAUUAUCGUCAUGGAAAGUCAUUUCUGAGAGUCCCAAAGCUUCUUGCGACAUCUAUGGCUGGUGUGGUUCGUUCAGCUACUGCGACCUCACUGAUACCGUCCCAACAUGCAAGUGCCUCGAUGGAUUUGAGCCUGACAAUCUUAACUUUUCAAGUUGUCGGAGAACACAAGAACUGAAAUGCGGUAAGCAAAGUAAGUUUGUGACCUUGCCUGGCAUGAAGGUCCCUGAUAAGUUCUUGCAUAUAAAGAACAGAAGUUUCGAUGAGUGCAUGGCCGAAUGUAACAGAAACUGCUCAUGUACGGCAUAUGCUUACGCCAACUUGAGCAGUGCCGGUGCAGAAGCUGACCCAACAAGAUGCUUGAUUUGGAUAGGGAAUCUGAUCGACACGGGGAAGUCCGUUAACUAUGGCGAGAACCUAUACCUUCGCCUUGCAGAGUCUACUGUUAACAAGAAGAGCAGUUCACUAAAGAUUGUGAUCUCGAUUAUAGCAUUCCUGCUGCUACCGACAUGCAUAGCCCUUGUCUGGACCUACAAGUACAGAGGCGGCAAAUGGAAAAAGAAGGAAAGCCAGAAGAAACUAAUGCGUCGAUACUUUAGUACAUCCAACGAAUUUGAAGCUGAAAAUGCAGAAUUUUCAUUUGUUAGCUAUGAAGACAUACUUUCAGCAACAAAACAUUUCGCUGAUUCCAACUUGCUUGGAUGGGGAGGUUUUGGCAAAGUUUAUAAGGGCACAUUGGAAGGUCGAUAUGAUGUUGCAGUCAAAAGGCUCAGUAAGGGUUCUGGACAAGGUACAACGGAGUUCAAAAAUGAAGUAGUUCUAAUUGCCAAGUUGCAGCACAAGAACCUUGUCAGACUUCUUGGUUGUUGCAUUCGGGAAGAUGAGAAGUUACUUGUCUACGAAUACUUACCUAACAAAAGUUUGGAUGCCUUUCUGUUUGAUGAUGCACGCAAACACACGCUCAAUUGGCCUACACGGUUCAAAAUAAUUAAAGGAAUAGCAAGAGGCCUUCUUUAUCUCCACCAGGAUUCAAGAUUAACAAUAAUUCACAGAGAUCUCAAAGCAAGCAACAUCCUUCUGGACGCAGAAAUGACUCCCAAAAUUUCAGAUUUUGGUAUGGCAAGAAUCUUUGGUGCAAACCAGAAUCAUGCAAACACUAAGAGGAUUGUUGGGACAUAUGGUUACAUGUCGCCUGAAUAUGCGAUGGGAGGUACCUUUUCUGUGAAAACAGACACUUAUAGUUUCGGCGUUCUUCUCUUGGAGAUUGUUAGUGGCUUGAAGAUCACUUCACCUCAGCUCAAAACAAACUUUUGUAGCCUUAUAACUUAUGCGUGGAGAUUAUGGGAAGGUGGAGAAGCAACUGAACUGGUGGACUCUUCAAUUGUUUCAAGCUGCCCACUUCAUCAAGUUCUGCUUUGCAUUCAUGUGGGACUCUUGUGUGUUCAAGACCAUCCUAAUGAUAGGCCAGAUAUGUCAUCCGUUAUGCUUAUGUUAGAGAAUGAAAAUGCGCUGCUUCCAGCCCCAAAGCAACCUGCAUAUUAUGCUCUCAGUAAUUCUGAAGGUGGAGAAGCAAUAGAGAUCAUACAGAACUCCGUGAAUGCAAUGAGUAUCACAACACUUGAGGGUCGUUAGGUAUUGUGUAACAUAGUGUUUGUGGAUUUUAGUUAGCUAGGUGUAUGCAUUAUGAUUUACUGAACACAAAAAAAAAACAUAUGCAUAGCUGGUUGUAAUAUUUUUGAGUUUAUUAUAUGAGAGCAACUUUUAAUGA